GGUAGAUUACAAAAACGUAAAUAAAGAAGAAUGCAUCUUCAAAAUACUAUAUAACAGUGUACACGCCGAAUAGAUUAUUUGAGACAGAUUAUUAUUUAUUUAACUGAAGUAAUGUGAUAAUGUAUAUACGCAAAUUAAAACCGUUAUAAACAAGAAUACAAAAAUGUCAUCAUAUUUCGCGAGAAGAGUAUGAUAGAUGAGGCCACUGUCAAACAUGGCCGUAUAAGAAGAUGAUGACAUAAUGAAUAAGAAACAAGCGACUUUGUUUCAGAGCUGGGGUAAUAGAGCAGCUACCUCUGAACAAAAGCCUAUCCAGCCAGCCGCUCAGGCAUCAACCUCAUCAGUUAAUGAUGAUGUCAUUGAUUUAUGUGGUAGCUUUGAAGAUGAUGAUGACGAUCUUCUGUGUGAGGCGGAGGAAUCUGUAUCUAAUGUUAGUGGACACACAGGAGCAGUAACUUUUGCAAAUAACAGCAGGGAACAUGCUAAUGAUCAAGAUCAACAUGUCGGAGAUGUUUCAAUCGGUGCAGAUGGCUUUAUGCCAACCCAGGCUCAAACUCAGAACUCUAAUCUUACAGGUUUUGAUAAAAGUGCCGGUAAGCUGUGGAUCUACCCGACAAACUAUCCUGUCAGAGAUUAUCAGUUUGAUAUAGUCCAGCAGGCUUUAUUUAAAAACACAAUGGUUACACUUCCUACUGGGCUUGGUAAAACCUUCAUUGCUGCAGUGGUGAUGUAUAAUUUCUAUCGCUGGUACCCUCAAGGGAAGGUGAUAUUUAUGGCUCCAACAAAACCGCUUGUUGCCCAGCAGAUUGAAGCAUGCUACAACAUCAUGGGGAUUCCACAGGACCAUACAGCUGAAAUGACAGGGAGUAUGGGGCCAUCAAAGAGGGAGAGAGCUUGGCAUGACAAAAGAGUGUUUUUCCUUACACCACAAGUGUUAACAAAUGACCUGAGUAGAGGAUCGUGCCCCGCACAUUAUGUGAAAUGUUUGGUCAUAGAUGAGGCCCACAAAGCUCUUGGUAACCAUGCAUACUGUCAGGUUGUAAGGGAACUGGUGAAGUACACAGAAAACUUUCGAGUUCUUUCUCUCAGUGCAACUCCUGGUAGUGAUAUAAAGGCUGUUCAGCAGGUUCUCAACAACCUUUUGAUAUCUCAAAUAGAGAUUCGUACAGAAGAGUCAAACGAUAUCAAGAAAUACUCUCAUGAAAGGAAGGUGGAUAAAGUAGUUGUGCCCCUUGGUGAUGAGCUAACUAAAGUUAAAACAAAGUACAUACAGAUAAUGGACGUAGUUGUGAAUAAACUGAAGAGGUAUGGUGUCCUAUAUAACAGAGAUACAACCAGUUUGUCUAAGUUUCUCAUCCUCAAAGCCAGGGAGGCAUUCAGGCAAAAUCCACCAGAAAAACUACAGAGAAACCAGUAUGGUAUAGUGGAGGGAGACUUUGCAUUAGCUAUGAGUCUCUAUCAUGGGUUUGAGCUGCUACAGCUCCACGGGUCAAGGUCAUUGUACAAUUUCCUUGAAGGAAUAUUGACUGGAGAUAAAGGAUAUGGCCGGACAAGAACUGAACUGACCAGAAAUGCAGAUUUUAAUGAACUAAUAGGUCUUUUAUCUGGAAAAUAUACUGCACCAGAAAGUGAGACAGCAAGUCAGGCUAGAGCUAAGCCUUUCGUAAUUGGCCAUCCAAAAAUGGAGAAAUUGCAGAAGAUUGUUUUAGAUCAUUUCAACACACAUUCUGAUGCCGGUACAAGAGUGAUGAUAUUCUCACAGUAUCGUGACAGUGUACAGGAGAUUACAGACAUGCUACAUGUACAUCAACCCAUCAUUAAAGUUAUGAGCUUCAUAGGCCAGGCCACUGCUGGAAAAUCUACGAAAGGCUUUACACAGAAAGAACAACUAAAGGUAAUGAAACAAUUUAGAGAGGGUGGCUACAACACGUUAGUAUCAACAUGUGUAGGUGAAGAAGGUUUAGACAUUGGUGAUGUGGACCUUAUCAUUUGUUUUGAUGCUCACAAGAGUCCUAUACGACUGGUACAGAGGAUGGGUCGUACUGGACGUAAACGAGAGGGAAGGAUUGUGAUGCUGGUGACUCAGGGAAAAGAAGAACAGAUAUACAAUCAGAGUCAAUACUCAAAGAAAAGUAUACACAAAGCAAUUCUGAACGGAGCCAAAUCAUUGCACUUCUAUCAACACAGUCCUCGUAUGUUGCCUGAAAACUCUGUGCCAACUUGUCACAAGAUGCAUAUCACAGUGAAAGAGAACUUUAAACCCACAAGAAAAAUCUCAACAGAUAAGGAAGCCAACCAGAGUAAAAUAACCACAAUGAUGACUGAUGCUGCUUCAAAGAAGGAUCAGUCAGAAGAGAUAAUUACACUAGAAGAGUACAGGGAGCUUGAACCAUGGCUGAUACCUGAUGAGGAAAUACCUAAACUACCAACUUCCAGUAUAACUUGUUUGGAGCAAGAAGAUACCAAUGAAGAGCAGCAAGAAAAUGGAAGAUUUUUAUCUCUAUCAGAAUGGACUCCAUGGCAGAAUACUCUUCAAGACACGAAACUUGUAGACCAUAGUCUUGGUUCUAAACAUCUUGUACAAAUUAUGGAGUUUAUACAGCUUCAGC